AUGGCCACCUUCCUUGCUUCUCCUACUUGUCCUGUCGCUGCCCUGCCGCCCUCCUCCUCCAGAACCAAAUCGAGCAACUUCACUGCCUGCUUCUCCAUUAAUGUAUGUUGUUCUUCUUCCCCAGUUUUUGUCUUAGGCAUGCAGGGAGGUCCGACGUUCGUCGGGCUAAAACAUGUCCCAAAGUUCCACUUCUCAUCAAGUGUUUCCUCUACCAGCUCUAGAUGCUUCAAGGCCACGAUUACUUGCUCCGCCGAAGCUGAAACGCUGAAGGUCGUCCAAGACACAAUUGCUAAGCAAUUGUCCAUUGAAGUUACCACGGUGGCUCCGGAGACCAAGUUUGCUGACUUGGGUGCCGACUCCCUCGAUACAGUGGAAAUAAUGAUGGCUCUGGAAGAGCAGUUUUCGGUGUCCAUUGGCGAAGGCGGAGCCGAGAACAUUCAAACUGUUCAAGAAGCUGCAGAUCUCAUCGAGAAAGUUAAGAAUGCUGCAGCUACUUAGUUUCACCCAACUUUGUUAUAGAUCCUUCAGGAGGGACAAAAAGCUGAGUUUU